AUGCCUGCGCGCAUCACAAGUGUCGCAUGCGCCGGGCAGCGACAACGCCCGCAAAAACAGGUCAUGGCUGCUGUGGAGGAUCUGGGUCCCAAAGACUUCGAGGAGGAGGACGCCGAAGAGGCAUUGGACGGUACGCUGACCUGAUCUGCACGUCGUCUGGGCGGAAGCUCGGGAGCUGACACUAUUGCAAAGUCCUCGAUCUGCCACAGCUACACACGGAGCCUACACCCGAUGCCCUGCUUGCGACACUAGCCGAUUUGAGCUCCGAACCAGCUGCCUGGGAACCAACUCCCAAGACCGCCGCGCCACCAUCGCCCCUGAGCGGGGCCUCCACCCCCAUCCGCCGCAAGAGAAGGAUCAGAAGCGAAGGAGUGCCGAGGUAUCUCACAAACAUCAUUUCGAGUCCACUCGCCUGGAUCGAAGAUGAUGGGGAAAAGGAAAGAGUAUGGGAAGCCGCGUCUCAGCGCCUCGCCGAACGCAGCGGUCGCUCUGCUAUGGGCGCGAUACGUCGGACAUUUGUCAUUCCUGUGCAUGCUACGUCGGCGGUACACGACACCAUCAGCAGGAACCCGCUGUCAACUUCUGAUGCCGUCUCUGCAGCCGAGCCGAGUCCCACCAGCUGCGUGGAACUGACUCUACAUGAACCAGCCCUAACAUCCGACAACCUGGGUCUCAAGACUUGGGCAUCAUCCCAUCUACUUGCCAAACGCCUGGGUCUGCUGCGUCACGCCUUGCCUUCUGUGCCGUCUGGCACUGCCAUAUUGGAACUCGGAGCUGGGACUGGCCUCGUUGGCCUGGCUGCUGCAGCCGUCUUCCACACUGCUGUCAUACUGACCGAUCUCCCUGCCAUCACGCCGAACCUCGAGCGCAACGCGCACGCCAAUGAGUCGUCCGUCUCCGCACACGGGGGAAAGGCACGUGUCGCAGUACUGGAUUGGUUGGAGCCAGGUGCCUUCCGUCUGAACGACACGUACAACGGGAAUGCGAACAUGUUCUCCUUGAUCUUGGCAGCGGACCCCAUCUACAGUCCAGAGCAUCCCCGACUACUCGCUCAAGCCAUUGAGUAUCAUCUCAGUAAGGAUACCAGCGCCAGGGUGAUCGUGGAGAUGCCCCUGCGAGAUGCAUAUGGUUCAGAGCGAGAAGAUUUCAAGGUGAGGAUGGAAGCUGUCGGUCUGGUGGUUGUAGACCAAGGUGAGGAGACUGGCUUCGAUGACUGGGUUGGCAAAAGUGAAGAACUUCUCGAGGUGAAAUGUUGGUGGACAAUAUGGGCUUGGCGGUGA